UCACACGUACAUGAGUAGGUAACAGAUUAUUAAUUGGACAGUUGACAGCUUUGUGGUAUGUUUGAUGAUAACAUUCUGAAUUGAAUCUCAUUGGAAACUGAAAAUGCCUGAAGCAAGAGACAACACAGCAAAAACUUUUAAGCAGAGAAAGAGUUUUGCAACAAGAAAGGAAGAAGUUGCAGGAAUACGAGCAAAGUUUCCAAAUAAAGUACCUGUAAUAGUGGAAAGAUAUUACAAGGAACAGAGUUUACCUAUAUUAGACAAGACAAAAUUUCUGGUACCAGAGGAGCUCACAAUGUCACAGUUUGCUACUAUCAUAAGACUAAGAAUGUCAUUGAAUGAGAACCAGGCCUUCUACUUGAUUAUAAACAACAAGAGUAUAUCAAGUAUGUCCAUGUCACUCGCAGAGGUUUACCGGGACGACAAAGACGAGGACGGCUUCCUCUAUAUGACAUAUGCUUCCCAGGAAAUGUUUGGUUAAUCGUGUCAAUCUAUUUAUAGUAACAUUGUAAAAUAUUGUAUAGAGCUCAUAUAGACAGUCAGGCAGUAAAUGGAAGUGGCCAGUUUAAAACUUAUGAUAAAUUUGAUGAAAUUAUUCCAUAAUUUUGAAGCAGUAAAAGGUCAAGCAGAGGUCAACAUUUAGUGCCUUUUUUAACAUCAGCUAGACUGACAUUUAGAGACAGUACUUCUAUACAAAUAUGUUACAUUUGUGGAUUUUGGAACAUUAUUUUCACCAAAAACGUUACAAGAAACUGUGAUCUGAGACAUUUUGUUGUGCUAUUUUGUGAAUGUUUCUAUAUUAAUUAAUGUGGGUGUACCAUUAGGGCAUUUGUAUGAUUUUGUUUGAAUACAAUAUAGUUGUAUCACAUUUUGUUACUUAUUUUCAUGACAUACAUGUUAUACCCACCAAAACGUUUUUUUAUCGUAAUUGGCUUGGUAGAAUAUAUGUAUAUCAUUAAAUAUGUAAAUUCAGUUGCAUAAAUUGUAAAUGUUAUUUUUAGCUAGGCUAGGCUCGAUAUAUUAUGGAACAUGUAAAUUCCAGAAGUUGUAGCUAGGCUGCAGAUAAAAUAAAACAUGUGAAUUCCAUGCAGAAAUUAUGAUAUUUUUAUCUAGGUUUAAAAGGUAAUAUGAAACAUGUAAAUUUCAUGCAGGAAUUGUAGCUAGACUAAAAAUAUCAUGAAACCUUAAUUCCAUGUCAAUAUUAUAUUUAUAUUUCUUAGCUUUGCUUAUAUUCCACGCAGAGAUUAGAAUAGUAUAUAAAAAGGUAUGCAAAACUACUUUUUUGUUAUCAUGAGAAUUUAAGACCACAUGAUCAUAAUUACUUUUCUCUGUAUGAGAACACCUCUAACAAGGGAGGUAAUUACAAUAAUUCUCACAAGGGAGCUAAAUCAUUCUCAUUGAUAUUAUUUUAGGUUGGGGCAAUCAGUAGAAAAUCCAGUUUUUGUUCUUUUUAUUUCCAUUACUUUUUUUGUGAUAUUUUAUUUAACUGAGAAAUUUGUAUAAAUUCUUGAAUGUUUUACGUAAAAAUGAUAAAUUGAGGGAAAAAGAAGGUUGUUUUGCAUUUAUUCAGAAAGAUAUUAUAGAAAUGUCUAUAUUUUUUUGCGAAUAUGAGAUUAUAUAUAUGUAUGAAAUAUGCCAGAUAAUUUAUUUUACCAGAAGAAUUCAUUGUCAUGCCAUUUCAUUAUUGUAAUUUGUUUUGUAUGUGUAUGUAAUGUGUAUUAUUCAAAAUGUUAAUUUAUCAUUUGCUUGGCGUUAUGCAAAUUUAAGUGCCCUUGUUGUAAUGUAUAAGAAUACUUUAUAUGUACAUUUAUAUUGUUUCACUUUGAUUUAUGUAAUUUAUAAUGUAUAUGCUAUAUAAGCCAAAAGAAAAAGGCUCCAGAAAUCAACUAAAUUUUCCAUCUUUAAAGCAGCAUGCCUCUAGAUUCAUGCUAAUUUUUAAUGACUAUUUUUAAUAUGUGUUAAAAGGUAAAUAUUGUCAUGUAACCACAGAAAGUAAUUUGCAUAUUGCAAAUGACACUUGAAAUAUAAGCAAAUUACCAGAAAUAGGUCAGAAAUAUGCAAAAGUAGUCCCUCAUUGGGGUAGUAACACAGCAGAAAUAUGGUGAGAAAUUCUGCAACCUCAGUGAACAUGUAAAUAAUUUUUUGAAUUGUGAAUAUUCUUACUUUUCUAAAAAGCUUAGUAAAUUUUUCUCAAUGUUGAAUUUUUGAAAUACUUCAGCUCAUCUGGAGGCAUACAGCUUUAACUGUGAAUAAUUAUUCAGAAUUUUGGUAUUUUGAUUGAUAAUGAGAUUCUUAUCUUUGUCCAUUUUCUUAAAACUAUGUCUAGCUUUGAAACUUGAUGUUUUCUUAAUUUAUGAAGAAUGUUUCCUGAAUAGCACCAAGUUUAUAAAGAGAUUAAAGUGCAUUGAAAAAAAAACAACAUAUUUUUUUCAAAGUAUUAAAACUGUUUUAGAAUGUAUACAGAUAUGAGUAACAAAUUCUUGUUUUCCAUUACAGUAUGUACAUGUAUUUCUUAUACCGUGCUUCUUUUCUUAUUAAAUAUUUUCUUAAAUUCAGUAUAAUGUACUAUGCAAGAAUACUUACAAAAAGUGCAAUAUUUUUUUUCUGCUGUUUAACUUUUUUACCAGUAUAUGAUAGUUAAUACAUGUUCUAUUGAUAAAGAAUAUAAAAAAGUGUCGAAACCAGGGUAUAUGAUAUUACUGAAAUUAUUUUUGUCAAUAUUUUACCAAAUUAUUACAGAUUUUCUUUUACAUAUACAAUGUACAUGUGUACCUAUUUCCUUAUUUUGGGUUUGAUUUUCAUUAAAACGAAGAAUGAAGGCCAUUUGGCUUCUUUCCAGCCUUAGUGGUGGAGGAAGACCUCAGAUGCCCCCUUUGUGAGCAGGCACCUUGUUACUGAUAUGGUCCUUGUAGAUAUUUUGACAAUCUUACUCUAUGAUUGAAAAGACGGGUGAUUUUUGUGUUUAUAAAAAUGACAUUACUUGAGUUGUGUUUCGUUUUCUCCCAAUUUCUCAAGUGAUAUUUUAAGGGUUGUUUUGUAAUUUUUGCCGAGUGUGGUACACAGUUGAAAUAUAAUCAUUAUGUAAUAUGAUGGAGCUCUUGGACACAUUUUAAUCUUCUUCCAGUUGUAAUGAUAUUACAAAUGUACAUGUUUAUUAAAGUACCGUACAUGUAGAUUUCCAUUAUUAAGCUUGAUGCCUUAUGUAUGAAUUAUAUGUAGACUAAAACCUAGAGAUUGCUCAUAUUCUGUACCCGUCAUAUUACUGACAUUAGUAAAAUUUGAAAAUUUGUUGAAUGAAAUAUGUGAUAAAUAUAGUUAACAAUAUUGAUGAACAUGAUAUUUGCUCUUUUUUUUUUCAAAAAGUCUAUGUAUACAUUUAUUAUGAAUUGACAUUUGAAAUAAAUCUCAAAAAAGAC